AUGUAAUUUAAUUGGAUUUUAAUAAAAUUUCAUUCAAUAAAUGUACUCAAUAUUGUUAUGGGAUCAAUACUCUAUUUAUAAGAUAUCAGUUAAUUAGGAUCUUUGAUAUUGUUGAUUCUAAAUACAACUAUAAUGUUGAUUGGAAUUUUGAUUUUGAGAAAAAAAUUAAUAAAUUAGAAUCAUCUACAACAACUCAUACUUGCUAUACUUAGUAUUCAUGUUUCAUAUUGUUGCUUUCUUAAUCGCUAAUUAAAUGUAACCACUUAUUUGUUGCUUAAAUUUUAAGAAGCCUAUAUUAUUAAAAAAUAAUCAAGAAUAAAGAGUAUUUUAUAUCACAUUGUCUACAAUUCAGUUUUAUUUUCUUUAUUAAUAUUUCAUAGUGAAAACAUAAUAUUAUACAUUUUGUUAUGCUAUUGUACUUUAAUUAUGAUAAAAAAAAAUAAAUCAAAUUUUUAACUAGAAAAUUAGGACUUUGAAUUACCCUCUCAUUUAAUUAAGUAGACCCAAAGAAAUUAAGAAGUAAUGAAUAUAGUAUAAGAUACAUUAAGUAAUUCAUGGAUGAUUAAAUUAUAAAAUAUUCCAGUUGGAAUUAUGAUAGUAAAAAAAGAGAAUUUAUAAAUUAUAUUUGAAAACUAAUCUCUUUUAUAAAUAUUUGAAGGAAUUAAAGAUAUUUAAUCUUAUUUAAUGAAUGAACUUCAAUUUAAACUAUAAAUAAAGAGAAUGAGAAAGUAAGUUAGAGAAUCUAGUAUCAUAAUGUAAAAACAACAAAAUUAAUAACAAAAUAAUAAUUUUUCUUAAUUGUAUAGUUAUAGUAAGAUUCCAAGUCAAUAAAAGAUAUCAAAUACUUUAAAAAAUAUUCUUAUUGAAUUAUAGAAUGGAAAAUUGGAUUAAAUUUAUUAAAAAGAAAAUCAUUUAGAAUUAGUAGGAUAAAUUUCAAAAUAAAAAUAAUUAUAAUUAUUUGAAGAUGAAAAUAUUCGUAAAAUUUAAUGCAAAAUCUUUUGUGGUUAAAAUGACUAAGAAUAUUUUAUAAUAGUUGAUGAUAUUUCAUUACAAAGUUAUUUAUAGAAAUUAGAAACAAGAGAAAAAUUCUAAGUUCGCAUAAUUGAUUCUUUUUCUCAUGAAUUGCGAACUCCUUUAAAUAGUGCAAAAUUGUUUUUAGAUGCACUCUUAAAUGAUCCAAAAAUAAAAGAUACCUAUAAAACUAAUUGUAUUGAACCAGCAGCAAAUGCUUUAAAAUUAUAAGCUUAUUUAAUUAGAGAUAUUAUAGAUUUUACUUAAUAUCAUUCACAUUUAAUUAAAUAUAAUAUUCAAGAAUUCAAUUUUGAAAAUAUUAUUUAAGAAAUUAAUGAUAUUUUUAAACCAAUUUGUUUAAUAAAAAAUUUAGGAUUACAUAUUAAUGUUAAAAAUUCAGUUCCAGCAUUAAUUAAUUCUGACUUUGAUAGAAUUAUGUAAAUUUUAGUGAAUAUUAUAUAAAAUUCUAUUAAAUAUUCUGAAAGAGGAUUAAUAAUUGUAGAAAUAUCUUGUUAUGAAAAAGCAUUGACAUUUUGUAUAAAAGAUCAAGGAAUAGGAAUACCAUAAAAUAAAUUAUAAAAGAUAUAAAAGUUUUUAAAGUCAUAUAAUUAAAGUAGAGAUAUUUCAAGUUAGGAUGAAUGGGAAGGUUUUGGAUUACUUGUUAGUUAAAUGAAUUUAUUAAAAUUAGCCCCUUAGAAUAAAAGUCAAUUAAGAAUAACAUCACGUGGUUAAGCAGAAGGUUGUUAAGUUACUUUUAAAAUUAGAACCACUUAAAAAACAAAUACAUAAAUAUUCAGAGGAAAUACAUUAUAAAGAACAAGUUUGAAAUGUGCAUUUACUGUACCUGAUCUAUGUUUAGGAAUAUAAGGAAUUUUAAUAAUUAAUAAUCCUAGAUAAGAUAAUUCUAUUUAGUAAAUUCCAAUUCGUUAAUAACACUCUGUUGCAAAUUAUUUUAAACCUUAAUAAUCAACAGGUGUAUUAAAUCAAAGUAUUUAAUAAGAAACAGAUUUAAUGAAUGAUGAAGAAACAGAAAGAGGUUAUCCUGAGGAAUAAUUAUUAAAAUUAAAUAGUCAAAGUAAGAGUACAAACUUAAUAGUAACAAAUUUUGAUACAAAUGAUAAAUAGAUUAAAAAAAGAAAACAAUCAUUAUUUAGUGUAUGUGAUUUAGAUGCUUGUUCUAGUAAUAGACCAAAUACUCUUAUAUCUAGAUUAAUUUAAAGAGAAGAAUAAGAAAUUGAAAUGGAAGAAUAAUUCUAAAAUUUAAGAUUUGCAUGUAAAUGUGCUCGUAUUUUAAGUGUAGAUGAUGAUAUUUUCAAUUAAAAAGCUUUAUAAGUAAUAAUUAAUCAAAUGGGUUUUCGUUUGUAAAUUGUAUAUAAUUAGUUUAUAUUUAGGCUUACAAUGGAUAAUAAGCAAUUGAUAUGAUUUAGAAAACAGAAAAAUGUUCUGAAUCUUGUGAAUUAUUUUAUUUUAUUUUAAUGGAUUGUCAAAUGCCAAUAAUGGAUGGAUGGACAACUACUAAAGUUUUAAUGGACAUGAUUAGAUAGAAUAUUAUUCCUGAUAUACCAAUUAUAGGAUUAACAGCUUUUAAUUCAACUGAAGAUAUUGAAAGAUGUUUAGAAGUUGGAAUGAGGGAAGUCUUCACAAAACCUUUGAAUAUCAAUUUGCUUAAAUAAGUAUUACUAAAAUUAAUUAAUUGA